AUGGCGGACACUGGGGAGCCGGGGGAGGCGCGGGUGGGCGGGCCCGCAGGGCUGGCGGACGGAACUGCACGGAGCCCAGGCCAGAAACUUUUCCUCCCUCUCCGCCCAGGCUCCGGGAAAGAGGGGAGGCGGCCCUGCCGUGGGCCCCACCCCCUGGCCGCCCGCCGGGGCCCCCCCAGCCCCGUCCCCCGCGCGCUCGCAGUCCGCGCCGGGGACGCCGUGGGACUGGGCCGCCUCCGCCACGCGGACGGAAUCUGGGGGAUGCCGGCUGACGGCGGCGCUGGCACUGGGGGCCACCACGGGGGGUGGUGCGGAGACGAGGGACCCGAGGGCCACCCCAGGCUGGCCGCCUUCAGGGCCCUGUUGGGCUCCGGGGUUCUCCGCCCUCAUGUCCGGCCCAGCUCCCCAGGAACGCGGCGGGACGCCCCGCGACACCAGCCACUUGUGGGGACGCUCUGCCCCCUGGUGGUCGGCGUGAGGCGGCGGCGUCCUGCAGCCCCACGGGGCGGGGGGGGAGAAGCCGUGCGCACACGUACGUGUAGACACACACACGAACCACACCGCACACGCCGCACGCAUAUACCACAACCGCACAUCACACCGGUACACGCAUCCCCCCUGCCACACACACACACACACACACCCGCUUUCGCCAAGACUCAUUCUGAGGCUUUAUUCGGGGACCCCGUGUGGGAUCGGUGCGACGGAGACCAGGGCUACCCGUCUGCUUUCCUCCUUCGACGGGGCACGAUCUUCACGCCAGCCCGGGGCGGCCCGGACAGCGCCGUCCAGCGCCGUGGGAAGGCUGCAGAACGGCAGACGCGGCUGUGGAGAGGACACCAACCACCGCUUCUCUCACAGCGGCCACCGCGCGUGCGGUGCGGGUGUGCGGAGACGCCUCUCGUCACCCGGCUCGUCGCGGCCGUCUUUGCGCCCAGGCCCCGCCGGCCCAUCCCCUCCGUCCCUCACUUUUCUUUCUCUGACCGAGACAGCGGGCGGGCGCACGAGCAGGGGGAGGAGGAGAGGGAGCAGCCGACUGCGCGCCGGGCGGGGAGCCGACGCGGGGCUCCGGACGCCUGGGCCCUGGGGUCACGACCCCAGCCGAGGCAGAGGCUUCACGGCCCGUCUGCUGAAGACCCGUCCGCGUGUCCUGUCCUUCGGCCCCGAUCUGGGCUCUUCCCGCCCGCAAGCCGCGCUGCGCGACGCCGCUCUCCGCCGCACCCUGCCGCCCGGGACCCCUCAUUCCGGCCCCGGCCUCCCCCGCUCUUCCAUCAACCCGCAACGCUCUUCUCGCGGACUCGCGCCGGCCGACACCCCGCUUGCCCAUUUCAGCCGAAAGGCCGCUUCCUCGGGACGUUCCGGCCUCCGGCGGCGCGCUGGAGGCGGUUCUGCUCCCCGAGGCCGCGCUGGGAGUGCGACACCGGCCACGGCGCGGGGCUCACCCCACCGAACUUGGCAGAGGCACGUCAGGGCCCCGGGCCCCCGGCGGAGCUCUCGCCCGCACGCCCCCGACCGCGACGCACACGCCUUUCCCGGGACUCCAAGUCGCCCUCGCGUCGUCUUCGAGCCUCCUUGCGGCAAAGGGGCUGCGGGAGACGGGGCUGCGCUCCUCGUCGGGCUUCCUUCCCGCUCUGCCAAGCGCGUCCGUGCUGCGAGGGUCUGAAAGCUCGGAGAGUCGGGGCCGGGGCCGACCGGCGGGAAGGGCUGCGGGAGGCUCAAGUGACACAGCCGCCUCGGCGGGGAGGGGGCGGGACCCCGGGCGGCUCCUCGGCCCGCACCGAGAGCGGAGCAGUACGUCAGGGUCUGAGGUCGUCGUCGUGCGAGGAAAGGGGCCGAAAGACCCAACCAGACCAGCGGCGGACCGGGACGCGGGCAACGGGGGCUUUCCUGCCCCGCGGAGCUCACUGGCAGCGUAACCCACUGAAAGACACCGAAGGUCUGCGCCAAGUCCCGGGCACGGCUCGGCAGCCCCGUCUUCCUCAGCCGCCCCUGCUGACGCGCUCCCGCUCACGCGGCGCCGCAACCCCCGUCGGCGGGCAGCCGGUCCCGGCAGCGGCGGCGCGCGGACUCCGGCAUGGCUGCCCAACGCGCGCGCGUCACUUCCGGCGGCCGGCGGAUAUAAGCGGCAGGAUUUCCGCUUUCGCUCCUUUCCGGCGGUGA